ACACACGGAGGAUGAUCAGCUAGCUCUCAGUUUGUUAGUGGGGCAUUUACCAAGUCAGGGGGGCAGUUGUGGUGUUAAAGAGAAGAUGAUGCAAGGUGUCUACUAUUUGGACGUGAAGAUUAAAGUGUCAGACUUCUUUAAUUUGUGAUAUUUUUUUAAAGAGCCAGACUGAAGCUAGUUAGCUUAGCGUGCUAACACUGCCGAGGCCACAAGCUGCAACGUCGGUGUAGUUAACGUGGAUGUUUUGAGGCUCUGGCGUGUUUUAUUAGAGAUUAUCAUUUACUGUAAACCACUGGCAUGUUAUGUGAGUUGACGAGCACGAUUAAAAAGUCAGUGUCAAGAAGAGAGAAGUGAGGUUUAGCUUAGCAUUGUUAUUAGCCGAAGAAGAAGAAAAGUGAAGCCAUGGAUGAUUUUAGCUCCAUCAGCCUGUUGUCUCUGGCGAUGUUAGUGGGAUGUUAUGUGGCUGGGACGAUACCUUUAGCUGUCAACUUCUCAGAGGAGAAGCUGAAGCUGGUCACUGUGCUGGGAGCAGGGCUGCUCUGUGGGACGGCACUGGCUGUUAUCAUUCCUGAAGGGGUCCACGCACUUUAUGAAGAGAUCCUUGAAGGUGGACACCACAGUCACGGCGCAGCUGGAGGUUUGGAGGUGUCCGAGGCGAAGGUUGAAUCAAAGGCAGGCCUGGGCGAGAGCGGGAAACACGAGCACAGUCACGAGCAGCUCCACGCCUGCAUCGGAGUGUCUCUGGUCCUGGGCUUCGUCUUUAUGCUGCUUGUGGACCAGAUAGGCAGUUCACAUGUGCAUAACACUGAGGAUCCAGAGUCCGCGAGGGCCACCAACUCCAAAAUUACCACCACCCUGGGUCUGGUGGUCCACGCUGCAGCUGAUGGAGUGGCUUUAGGAGCUGCUGCCUCAACCUCUCAGACCAGCGUUCAGCUCAUUGUCUUCGUAGCGAUCAUGCUGCACAAGGCUCCAGCAGCGUUCGGCCUGGUAUCGUUCCUGAUGCACGCCGGGCUCGAGAGGAACCGCAUCCGCAAACAUCUCCUGGUCUUCGCCCUGGCAGCGCCCGUCCUCGCAAUGCUCACUUUUCUUGGCCUCAGUCAGAGCAGCAAAGAGGCCCUGUCAGACAUCAACGCCACCGGUGUUGCCAUGCUCUUCUCCGCCGGCACCUUCCUCUACGUGGCCACCGUCCACGUCCUCCCUGAGGUGGGGGGCACCGGCCACAGCCACGCACCCGCGGGAGGGAACGGGGGGAAGGGACUGAGCAAGGUGGAGGUGGGAGCUCUGGUGCUGGGCUGCCUCAUUCCUCUGGUGCUGUCCGUCGGUCACCACCACUAGACUCAGAGCUCAGGAGUUAGAAGAGAGGAAAAGACUUCAAAACAUUGUGGAUCUAAAUGUCUUAUUGCUUGUUGUUUGCUGACGGACCUCGUGGAUCAGGCUGGUGGACGUCUUACGACUCGGAGAUGAACUUGAAAACAGGGAAUGAAUAAUGUUAGGGAAAUCAGAGUUGCUGCAGUGACAACCAAGGCACACAACAAUGCUUUUCCUCUGCAGACACAACGCUUUACAGAUACAGUUUGUGUCCAUUUAUUCCACCAGAAAUCUUUUUAUUUUAUUUUUUGAGGGGCAUUUUUAUGCCUUUUAUUGGGUAGCGACAUUUAAGAUAUGAAAGGAAACGAGGGAGAUAGAGACGGGGAAUGACCUGCUAAAGCUCCACUGCUGGAAUCGAAUAUGUUGCAGCGUCUUCACCAGUAGUCCACCACGCUCCAGAAAUCCUUCUUCUUUUUUUUUCUUUUUUUCUUUUUAGAGAGGCCAUAGUGGUGGAGCCUUUAUCCCAGUUUAUUAAGAUCACUGCAGAGUUCUCAGUGUUGCAUUAUUGUGCUUGUCCAAAGUCAAAGAACCAACCCUGAUUUCAUCACAGUAAUGUUUUACUAGAUACCAGUUGCACAGAGAGAUUUAAAGUGUCCCCAUAGAGGUUCUGAUACCAAGACAGCAACGUAAACUCUCUCUUUUUAUAUAUAUAUAUAACUGUACAGAUUGUAAAUCUCUUAGCAAGAGUCCAGAUUGAUUAGAGCUGAUUUUCAAGUGCCAUAUUAGCAAGCUGAAACAGAUUCACAAAGAGACGACGCCAUGAGGACUCGACAGUUUGUAGAAGACGUUCCUGACUUAUUUUCUUACCUUCAAACAGCUUGCGAGGCAGGACGAGACAUUAGCCUAACCAGCCAGAUGCCCGUAACAGUUUUUUUUUUUUUUUGCUUUGGCUUGUGAUUUUUGUCGACAGAGUGAGAGGUCCUGUUAUAAAAAAAAAAUCUGUUGUGUGGGGGGAAAAAAAGCUGUUAUUUAAAACCACAUGUUAAAGUGAAAAGAUCCAAUCAACUUGAGGCCGAAUCUCAUGUGUGAGGAGGAGACACAACGCAGCCUCAGUGGAUCAGAUGAACUUUUGUCACUUUUUGUUUUAUCGGUUUAGUUCCUGAAAUGUUUUCUUUUCUGUUCUGUUUUUUCCUGAAGAAUAAUUAUAAAUAGAGAUCACAGGAGAAAAAAAAUCUGUAUAGAAUUGUCUUAAGUGAUUGUAUAGAGUGUUACUAAGCUUAUUUUAAGGUGGAGGGUUAUUACAGCAGUCACUCUGAAUGAAUGGAUGAAUUAAUGGAUGGGUAAAUGGAUGAGUUGCCUUGUUAAAGGGCAUUUACUGAAUGAGCUCACACUGAGGGACCAUUGAUACAAAAUAUUAGUCACUACAGAUAAAUGAGGAGACUUCAAGCAAACCUUUCUUUUAAGACUUUUAGUUCUUUUACUCCUCAUUCAAUAUUUAAUUAAUCAUACCUGAGCAAUAAUCAUACAUG